AAAAGAAACAAUCUCGUGAUGUGAUAGGUCAUAUAAAGCAAGGCUAGUUUAUCAACAAAAUGCAAAGAGAAGAUCACAAUAUUCAUUAUCCUUUCUGUCAGGACUCUAGCAAAUAUGAAAAGUUGUGCAAAAUUGGACAGGGAACUUUCGGGGAAGUGUUCAAAGCCAGAGAUAGGAACACAAAGAGACUUGUUGCUAUGAAAAAGAUACUGAUGGAAAAUGAAAAGGAAGGGUUUCCAAUUACUGCUUUGAGGGAGAUCAAGAUAUUGCAGUUGCUUAAACAUGACAAUGUGUUGAAUCUAGUAGAGAUCUGUAGAUCUAAAGCGACCCCAUACAACAGAUAUAAAAGUACAUUCUAUAUGAUCUCAGACUUUUGUGAACAUGAUCUGGCUGGAUUACUCUCAAACACAAAUGUCAAAUUUAAUUUAGGUGAAAUUAAGAAAAUUGUUCAACAGUUGCUGAAUGGACUUUAUUUCUUGCACAGUAAUAAAAUUCUGCAUCGAGACAUGAAAGCUGCCAAUAUUCUAAUAACCAAAAAUGGUGUUUUGAAGUUAGCUGACUUUGGACUUGCUCGAUCUUUCAGUUUAAGUAAUAAAGGGAAUCCAAACAGAUAUACUAAUCGUGUUGUCACAUUAUGGUACAGACCACCAGAACUAUUAUUGGGAGAACGUGAUUAUGGUCCAGGAAUUGAUACGUGGGGAGUUGGAUGCAUCAUGGCAGAGAUGUGGACCCGUACUCCAAUCAUGCAAGGCAGAACAGAACAGCAUCAAUUACAACUAAUCAGUCAACUUUGUGGAUCAAUCACAAAGGAGGUGUGGCCAAAUGUUGAAAAACUUCCUCUCUGGGGGAAAAUUGAUCUGAUAUCUGGCCAGAGGAGGAAAGUUAAAGACAGAUUGAAUUAUUAUGUUAAAGAUCAGUAUGCAUUGGAGAUGCUCGACAGACUGCUGACAAUAGAUCCUGCAAAAAGAAUAGAUGCUGAUACUGCACUAAACCAUGACUUUUUCUGGACUGAUCCAAUGCCAAUUGAUUUGAGCACUACCUUAUCAAAACACACAACUUCAAUGUUUGAAUAUUUAGCACCAAGAAGACCAGGUACCCGCCAGCCUGCUCCAAAUGCACCAGGUAAACCAGCAGCACACAAUCCAGACCAACAUUUUGAACGGGUUUUCUAAAUUUUAUUAUAUGUACUUUGUUAGGGUAUAUUAUGUAUUCUUGUUAUUACCUUCUUUUUUUUAAAUCAUGUGGUAAAGACUGUUUGCACAUAAUCAUUUUAAUAUUAUCUUCUAACAAAAAAUUCAAAAAUAGCAUUGAAACUUUUUCAUGUUAAAAUGUAUCUAUGAAACAGGCAUAUGUCUUACAUGCACUAGACAUUCAUGUCAUUCUAUUUGUGCACUUCAUUUUGCUAAUUUUUUCGUUCUCAGUGGUAAUGUUAGAUUUUUAUUUCUUGAUUAACCCUAUGCCUCCAUUUUGUAAUCAGAUGCGACAUAUUUUAUAUGAUUUUCUAAUUAACAACGGGUUACUUUGUCUGAUAUUGAAAGGCAAAUGAAGUACCAUUUAUUUUAUCUGGAUAUUGAUAAUUUAUUUUAAUUAUUUAUAUGAAAAAUCUUUCUCACACUUAUGCAAUAUCUUUGUUGUACAUGGAAGCUCUAAAACAUUCAAAAUAAAGUUAUCAAAAGGCACAAAUACAAACAUUUAGAUGUUAAAUAUAGCUUGAUUUAGGUUGAUUUUUUUUUUAAAUUGACUAAAAGGUAGAAAACAUUCAUACAAAAUUUACAAUUUCAUCUUUAAAUUUGUACUAUGUACAUGAAAAAUUACUUUUUUACACAUUUGUCAAUUAAAUGUUGUCUGACACAGUAUGUUUAUUGUUUUGUAUGGACAAACAUGUACAAUUCAGUUAGCAAAAGCUGUAUUAUAACUUUAAAGCAGACUUUGGUGUCCAUUUUGGAAUAUGAGGUUUUUUAUUCAUUGGUCUCCUAAACCUAACUAAACUGCAUUCGCAUACCUGUCAACUGACCCGUUUUCUGCGGGUGUGACCCGAGAUUUUCACAAUUCUGAGGGAUCACCCGGGACACCCGCCGUGUCAUUGAAAUAACCCGGGAAUUCCGAAAAUGACCCGAUUUCACCCUUAUUUCUUAGCAUUGAGAUUGAUUUCAUAAGUAAUAUUCCUUUGAAAUACCGGCAAAUUCGUAAUUCUUCCAUGAACAGGAAGUUCAUCUAGCUAUGUAAACUGUCAAAUUAAGUGACCCAUUAAGUGCAUGGCUUCAUUUGACAGCUUUGGUGUCAAACACACUGUUCAUUAACAUCAAUUACCUAACCUUUAGGUCGUAAAUAAAUUGCACUAUAAACAUAAAUAAACAUAUUUCAACUAGUUACUUCCCCUUAUUUGUCACCAUUCAAAAUUAUUCCUUAUAUUUACGUUUUAUGGGUGAAAAAAAUUAAAUCAUAAAAAAUAUAAAAUUCAAAUACAUAUUAAAAAAUAACUAUACAAUAUUUUUAUACCUUUAUACAAUAUUUAAAAAAAAGUUGAAAAUUAUUUUUUACAUUUAUACUUCCUUUUACUGUAUUACUAUAUUUUAUCAUAGUCUAAAUUUUAAGUAAAACAUUACAACUGAAGGAAAAAAUGAUAAAAUUAAAAGGCAAUACAGCUAGUUAUCUUAAACAUUCUAAAAUUACAUUUGAAUAAUAAAUGGUGGUGGUUGAUGAUUACUAAAAGUACAGGAUAUAAGACUGAGUUACACAAAUUUAUAAAAUUCUUUAAGAGUGCAAUGAAACAAAAAUUAAUAAGAUUUAAAAAGACUGAACCAAGUGAACAUGUAUUGAUGUUUUGGUAUCUUUGAUAUACAUUGUAAGAAAAUGUACCAUAAAUACUGAAAUUCAGCUUGAAAAAGUUUGUACGCGUUAUGACCUGAGAUUUGAUUCUUCAAUGCAGGUCAUGACCUGCAUUUUCAUCGUCACAGGUUGACAGGUAUGCAUUCGUUUUUCUGAUGAUUGAUUUUUUAGUUUUUUACAUACAUGAACCUUUUCUAUUUCUAUAUAGUUGUCAAUGUGUUGUUUCAAACAAAACCAGUGUUACACAGUGCUUGAAGGUAAAGAAUACGUGCAAAAAAAGAAAUAAAACCGAUAAAUAUUUACAAUUAUGUUUGAAAAUUAUACAUAAUAAAAACUUAAUCAGAAACUAUUCACAUACAUUGUAUUAUGUUUUGUCUUGUGAACUUGCUUCCAAAGCAAAUAACCAUGAUUUUAUGCAAUUUUACAAUUUUAAUUUUAUUUAAUGGAAACUUUUAUCUUUUGUUGUCUUUUAAAUCUAUUGAUCUGUAACAUAAUGACUAUCAGAUCUUUUUAAAAUACCUAAAUGUUUCAAGAGUCUUGUUAUGUACACUAUUUUUAAAAACCUUUAUGAAGAAGAAUUACCAUUUUGUUAUGUAUAUGUUUGAUCAGUUUUACAUGAACCAUUUAUGUAUAUUUAUAUAUCACAAAUAUUACAUUAAAAAUAAUUUGCCUUUUGUUUCUUUUA